AACGUGGUACGGUUCCUCAUACAUGUAUCAAAAUAUUGGGCUCUUGACAAAUCUGUCCUUUUCAAGAUAUUGUAAAAAUAUUUAUACUCGUACAGACAUAAUAAGGACGUGCUUGGCAGAGAGGACUAUCUGUUUGAUCCAGCUGUUGUUUUGAACCUUGCUUUGUACCGUGUAUCUGUUUGGGUGUUUUAAAAUCAUCGAAGCUGAGUUCAUAUCGCACACCAUGGCUAGCAACAACCAAGAUCCGUGUUACGAUCUCGUCGACCAGGCCGCGGACAUCAAACCCGCCCUGGCAAAGCUCCGCGAACACGGCGUGCCUGGCAGCCCAUCCCUGGCGGUCGACUGCGAGGGAGAGACCCUCAGCCGCAAAGGGGUGCUGUCCAUAGUGUCUGUGGCAACGGAAAGCCAUACCUACCUGUUCGAUGUCAAGAAGUUGGGAGCCAAGGUCUUCGAUGAAGGCCUUAAGGAGUUACUGGAGGACCCUGGCCGGGAAAAGCUGAUGUUUGACUGCCGGGCGGACUCCGAUUGUCUCUGGCAUCUGUGUAAAGUCAGGCUGACCAACGUGGUCGACCUGCAGCUUAUGCAGAUGAUCUACCAAGAGACUCACCCAAUACUCUUGGCGACAGGUUCCGCUUCCCGGGCUCAACUUGUUAAGAAUUUCCAGCCCAAGCGUCACAAUUUCUUGUUCUGCCUGGAGCAAUACGUCAAAGACGACCAGCUAAUCAAAGCAAAGGCCGAGGGGAAACCCAAGAUGGAACAGGCUGGUGUCUGGCUACAGCGCCCUCUCGAUGGUCAGCUCCUUUCCUACGCCGCCGCCGACGUCCAGGGCUUCUUCCCGCUCUACCGCGCGCUGAAGCCGGGCAUCGGCGGCAGCAGCGGCGCGGCGCGACUGCAAGUUGCGUCCCAGCGAUUCCUUGAUUACUACCGGUCCCUGGCGGUGCGCACCUACGACAAAUUCGAGAAGAAUUGCUUCUUGCCCUGGCGCCUCCUGCCGCCCUAUGCCCACGCGACUUACGCCGAAGAGGUCACGUGCUUCGGAUGCAAGCGCCGUUUCCCGCGAGAAGAUUUCCUUCCGUUUCAUGUUAAACGGGGAAAUCCCAAUUGUCCCGUGUGCAGGAAGAUGUAUGCGCAAAAGUAACCAACAUGUAUCAUGAUGGCAGGGCCUAUGUCAGGGAGGUAGUCUGUACUCCAUUUUGACUUUGCUCUUGUACAGUGUGUAAACAGGUGCGUUACCCCCCCCCCCCCGUUCAGUUGAUCUGGUGACGCCUGUUGGGGUACUAAAGCGAUCAUUCCAAUGAUCAAAUUUGUAAACGAACACAAUCCGCCUUUUUUAAAGCUGCGUUAAGUAGGCAGGGUCGAUACUGGUUAUUUAGUAUUAUAAGUCGAGUAUUGUAGGAAGGUCUAAAUAUAACUGUUCACAAGGAUUUUUCAGUGCUUAAUUAAUUUGCCGGCAUAUUUUAAUACACGAGUACGCUUUAGUAUUAUGAUUAAAUAACAGUGAAUACGUAUUCAGCAAAUAUUUUGUAAAGCAUAAGUAGUAUUGUUUAUAUAUGUAAAAGGUAUAUGUAUGUAAAGGAGGUGGGCGAGAUAGUAACUUGGUAAAAUUAGUAGACCAAAAAAAAAAAAA